GUUAGACAGCAAAGCUAUGUAGAGUUGCCUAUUAUUAAAUGCAUGUUUAUAUUUAGCCUACGAUUUUACAAAUUGAAUAUGUAUUGAAUAUAAAAACAUAUUAUGAACUCAGCGUUUUUUAUCUCUCGAUUUUCGUUGUUGCUAACUGUGCUUCAUAACGAAAUUAACUCACUUAGGCCUUGCGAGACUAUCGUUACGUUGAGGUUUUUACCACAUGAUCAAUUCAAAUUAUGGAGGCCGCUGUUGCUGGUAGUCUGCUCGCCCGCCACCAGAUUCUGUCAACAAACAGACACAGAUCAGCAUCAGCGUCGUCGAUUUUCGGCAUUUUUGAGUUGUGUGUGAGUGCGCUGCUCGCCACUUUGGAGCUGGCCAACACUGCCCUAUUCUACCAGUGGUGAGGAGCUGCUUUGACGGUUGAGUCGAACUCGUGUCCUGGUGUGCAAAUCACGUACGGGUAGUUCUCACUGGGAGCCGUCACCGUUUGCGGCUGUAAACGGAAGUGUGCAUACGCUGUGAGGACGGCCAGUGCUAGACUGAUAUUGUGGCUGUUGAUAAUUGGGACGCGAGCACAAAAACGAAACGUGCCCAAAAUCUGUCCGUGGUACGUCAUUAUACGUUGCACUACGGGCAAACAAACGGUCAUUUUCAUAAAAAUCUUAAUAACGCCACUGAAGAUCCUUGAAGCCUGUCGCAGUGGCCGAGGACGGUUGUUUGGUUGUCGCGAAGAACAAGCUGAUUUAUUCAUAUAUUCAUGUAGUGAUUGUGAUCGUGUAUUGGUCAUAGGUCGGCAAUUGCUAGAGCGGUCUAUUGGUGCUGCCGCUACUGCUGGAUUGGUUACUAGCUAGGGGUUGCCCCUACUACAGCCAGCAGUCUGGUAGUAGCGUGACUCGUUUUUUGUUGUCGCUGUGUGUGCUGUGCUGUCGACGACUACUAUUCUUGCUGUUACUAGUACUGCCGGCAAGCGGGAGUGCUGCAGCCACGGCUAAGAGCUACAGGACCGUGCCGAACAUCUUUGAGCUGCUGCUGCGAUGGCUGCGAGCGAGGGCGGCGAUGAGUCUCUUUAUCCUAUCGCUGUAUUGAUCGACGAAUUACGCAAUGAGGACGUACAGCUUCGGUUAAAUUCGAUCCGGCGUCUGUCAACGAUCGCUUUAGCCCUCGGCGUCGAACGGACUCGCUCCGAGCUGAUUCCGUUCCUCACCGAUACGAUCUAUGAUGAGGACGAAGUACUGUUGGCGCUAGCCGAACAGCUUGGCCAAUUUAGCCCGCUAGUUGGAGGUGCCGAAUACGCUCAUUGUCUCCUGCCGCCACUUGAAUCGCUAGCGACAGUCGAGGAAACGGUCGUACGAGACAAGGCCGUUGACUCACUGCGAGCCAUCUCGCAACAGCACAGCGCCGCCGACCUCGAGAAGUACUUCGUGCCGCUGGUGAAGCGUCUGGCGACCGGUGAUUGGUUCACAUCACGUACGUCCGCGUGCGGGCUAUUUUCCGUGUGCUACGAGCGGGUGGCCGCCAACGUCAAGCAAGAUCUUCGUGAUAGCUUUCGAAAUUUGUGUCAGGAUGAUACACCAAUGGUCAGACGGGCUGCCGCCGGUAAACUCGGUGAAGUUGCCAAGGUAAUAGAACCGGAAUUUCUUAAACAGGACAUGAUACCAAUGUGGGCGUAUCUAGCUCAGGACGAUCAGGAUUCAGUACGACUACUUGCCGUCGAAGCGUGCGUGUCGAUAGCUCCCCUGCUUUCGCAGGAAGACGUCUCCAACCUGGUCAUGUCAACAUUGAAGACCGCUAGCGAAGAUAAGAGCUGGAGGGUGCGCUACAUGGUGGCCGAGAAGUUCACCGACCUGCAGAAAGCCGUGGGCCCUGCACUGGCACGAGAACACCUUGUUCCAGCAUUCCAGAAUCUCCUUAAGGACUGCGAGGCUGAGGUGCGUACGGCCGCCGCGCAGCGCAUCAAGGACUUUGCGCAAAACCUUUCACCAGACAUCCAAGAACAAGUCAUCAUGUCGUCGAUUCUGCCUUGCGUCAAGGAGCUUGUUGUUGAUAGUAAUCAGCAUGUGAAGACAGCUGUUGCCGGUGUCAUCAUGGGUCUGUCGCCUAUCCUCGGCAAGGAAAACACCAUCGAACAUCUUCUGCCACUCUUUCUCACCCAGUUAAAGGAUGAAUGUUCUGACGUCCGCCUAAACAUCAUCUCAAACAUUCAGUGUGUCAAUAGUGUGAUUGGCAUCCAGCAGCUAUCCACAUCACUGCUCCCUGCGAUCGUUGAGCUGGCUGAGGACUCAAAGUGGCGAGUCCGUCUAGCCAUCAUCGAGUACAUGCCUCUGCUGGCAGGCCAGCUAGGGGUCGAGUUCUUCGACGAGAAGCUCAACCCGCUUUGCAUGACGUGGCUGGUUGAUCAUGUGUUCGCCAUUCGAGAAGCGGCUACUAUCAAUUUGAUGAAGCUGGUUGAAAAGUUCGGCAAGGAGUGGGCCGCUACGACAAUCGUGCCCAAAGUUGUUUCGAUGUGCCGUGACCAAAAUUACCUCCAUCGUAUGACCUGCCUAUUCUGCAUUAAUGUCCUUGCCGAGGCGUCCGGUCCAGAGCUGACCACUUCACACCUGUUGCCGACUGUUCUGAAUAUGGCCACGGACGGUGUGCCUAAUGUUCGAUUCAAUGUAGCCAAGUCUCUACACCGACUAGCGGGAGUCAUCGAUAAGACAAUAUGCCAGACACAAAUCCGGCCUGUACUCGAACGGUUGGCACAGGACGCCGAUAUUGACGUUCGUUACUUUGCUAACGAAGCACUAACAGGCCUAAACUAAGCAACAACCGGGCGCGAAGAUAUCCUUCACACAAAAUGUACUGUUUGCUAGAUGUUACAUUGGUCAUUGGACGCACGCAACGGUUCGCUGUAACGGCGGUUAUAGCCAGAACUCGCAUGAAAUGUCGUCCUCCAUCGUAUCUGAGCGCUUUGACAUCAUAAUAACAAAAAAGUCCAACGCCUACGAUGGCAAAGACACCAAUUACAUGCGACAACUGAAGUUGCUCCGGCGUUUGGAGAACGAGAGGACAAAGGCUUACGACAACUAUUAUUAUUAUUAUUAUUAUUAUCACCCUUAUUAUUGAAAUUAUUUCAACUUCCACAUUUUAAAACAAAUUAACUAGCGACCAACUGAUCAGUGACAGCGCUAAUCGACUAAAAAUAUAAGGUUACGACGAACAACAAUAAUAACACCAACAGAAAGUCGGAAGAACAUGUAUUGAGUAUAUAAUCGUAUUAUUCCGUCGUUGUGCGAUCCCCAUUUUUUGCACAGAAUGACCGUAAUGACCAGAUGGCGAUGAUAAUGAACUAACAUGAAAAUAUGAGAACAUAUAAUUAUUGAAACACUUGCUGAGUGUUGUAGUAGCAGUAGAAGCAGUAGUAAAUAUGAUGUCUCUAUAUCAGCUGUUGAUCGCUCGGUACCGUGCGAGCUAAACGACAGUAAGCAAAAAGUCCCGUAUGUGUGAAAGAAAAAAAUGCAUACAUAAAAAAUAAGGAAACAAUGAACUCAAACGGAUACGUAUCUAUGAUGUUCUAUUCAAGCACGUGUAUGGGCUCGUCCGCGCACAUAAUUCAGAUCGAUACACUCGAACGCGAGCACACAGACGUUCACACGAUAACAAAUAAACCUCCUAUAGAGAGAGAAAAAGGCUUUCCAUAAGUUAUUAUCACUUACCCUUGUCUCUUUGCCGCUACCACUAUUAUUGCGAAGACCCAACCACUGAUGACUUCACAGCGGAUAUUUUCCAGCUGUUCGGUAAUAAUAGCUUGAUUGACUGAUUGAAUAUAAUGCGCUGGCAAUAUAAUGGGACGGACGGAAAGAAGUUUUCUGAUACCGUGGGAUGGACGAUGGGACGAAUGUUCAACAUUUGACGAAAUCAAUGAAAUAAUAGUAAUAAUAAUAAUAAAUCGUUCGCCGUCAAUGGGUAACAUGUCGUACCAAAUAGAUGAUGUUGCUGUUACUGGUACAAAUGCUUAGAUAUAUACAUAUAUAUAUAUAUAUAUAUAUAUAUAUAUAUAUAUAGAAGGAGAGAGACCCAUGUUUUGGUUAGCAGAAGGAUACUAUAAAUAGCUUUAGUUUCAUAAAUGAAUUCCCACGCUAACUAAUGUUGAUUACAAUGUAAUGAUAACACUAAUAAUAUUAAUCCAUGCCACUGCUGCCAUUAGCGAAAGUUUGCUAGUGCGAUAUCAGCAAUGCUCGGGUAAACCGAUUCUAUUGUAUUGUUUACAUCGCGUUCAAAAACUGAUAAAAAAAAUACGAGCGGGGAGAGCGAAAAAUAAAUUUUACUGAUGUCUAUGCUCUUCAAUAAUUGCAAACUUUAAAAUCAUCGUAAUUAUCACUAUUUGUUAUAAUUAGAAUUGCUUAAGGUGUCGAUCAUGCUUCAAGAACGGGAGAGAGAAAGUGGGGGGAGUGGGCACGGGAAGGAAGGAAAAGCUAAUAAAAAAAAUUACGCGCACAUCGAUUGGGCACUUGUUACUGCAUGUCUAAACAAGUGUACAUAAAUAGCACUGCAUCAAAAAACCGAAGAAGCACGCAGUGCAACCUACGCGCCUAUAUACCUGUGUCUGUGUGAGGGAGAGAGAGAAAAAGGGAUUGAAGUUAAUCUUUUAUGUUCAGCCUAUUUUGUCAUGCGCGCUGUCAAGGGCUUCUCUGCCCGUGCGCAUCUUCACCGGGUCGGCGGCAACGAUGAUAACAGCGGUGAUUAGUUAUGAGGGACUGGCAAAAAAUUUUGUGGUAAUAAUGAAUAAAAAUGAUAAGUUUAGUUAUUAAAUAGCAUUAUUUCUAUUUCGUCCACUAUGUUCGUGUUGUUCGUUCGAUGCUUACCAAGGUAGCCUAGAUUCUGCUUAUAGAUAGAAGCGAUUAAAAGCCGGAUGAAAGAAGCCGAUGAAGAGAUCUCUAAACGGCGCAAUCUUUUGGGUUUAUAUGAGCACUGAAUUCAAAAACUUUUCUCUUUACGUUCUAGUUAACUCAAUGAACAAUGGAAACGAAUCCCAAUUUCCCUUUAAUACGGUAGUUUUUUUUGUUGCUAACAGUCUUAGGCUGCAGCUGCACUACCAGCGUUAUUGUCUAUGUGUAGCUUCAAAGGACAAGUUCCACGAUAGAGCAAAACUUCGAGCUUUCACAGUAGACAAACUUAGUAAGUUAUUGUGAGGAGUACUAGAACAAAAAAGGAAAGUAAAUAUAUAAGCAGUGUGCGGUGUGAUUCAGUUGACUGUGUUUAAUUUUGAUAUGCUUUUUUUAAUUUUUCGCAUCUACUAGCCUUUGAAAUUCUCUGCAUUUACGACGUUUUCUUAUUUUAGUUCCUAUAUAUACACUGGAGAUAAAAUAUAUAUAUAUAUAUAUAUAGUAGCGAUUGUGUAUCGUGAUUAUUAGUUGACAUCAAUAUGUGGUAAUAUGGACAAGCAAAACAACGGACAACUGAUACUAAUAAUAAUAAUAAUAAUAGCGGACAGUAGUUACAAACGUGAUAAAUGUACGACAUAGUAUGUCCUCUUGAGUGUAUCCAAGCGAGAAACCUCCGAGGAAAGUGGUAGCAGAGGUAGAGGAACAGUCGAAAAUGUUCAAGCAUAGCGAACCGCUCAUAAACAAAUAACAAUACUAAUUAGUAUAAUAUGUAAACAGAGACCCGUUCCUUAGUAGCGUCAAGACCCACAAGCGCACAUCUCCCAGUCUACAAAAAUGUCAAGCUGACGAAGGAAAAACGAUACUUUGCACUUGGCUCCCGUAAGGACUUGCUCGUGGCUAACGGUCCACAUGAUCAUAGAAAUGGUGAUCGACCAAUGACGAGGUAAAUGUUUGAGCGGCACUCUAGUAGGGCGAGGUAUCAUUGUGUGGAAUAUAUAAACGCAUGUAGAAAAGUCUUCAUGUCAAGGUUUUCGACGCCGAAGCGAGAAAUGCGUGAGCAUAAAUGAUGGUUUUCAAAUGGUGUCUUGAAACAAGAUGAAGACAGAAAUUGGGGUGUGAGAAGAAAGAAGUCGUAUUCAUACUGCGAGUACGAUGUGAUGAUUAGGAUGUGAUCUUUUUCCUCUCAGAUUGGUAGGAAUUGUCACUGAUAGUAUACACACUGGACACAAAGCAUGAAAAAAGACGAAGUGGAAUGAUGCGGCUGUUGUCGGUAGGUUAGAUAAGGUAGACUUGUCGCGGCUACGCGAACCAACACGGAUUGGAGUGGUUUUGAAAAUCAACAUAAGAGAUAAGCAGACGGUAACAAUCAAGCUUAUGAUGUAUGAGAUGGACGAUGCGAAGAUCGAA